AUGUAUCCCCCUCAUACACGGCGGAGACGACCCCUUACACCGGUACACCAUGGAUCACCCUCAUACACGACGGAGACGCCCCCUUACACCGGUACACCAUGUACCACCCUCAUACACGACAGAGACGGCCCCUACCACCGGUACACCAUGUACUACCCUCAUACACGACGGAGACGACCCCUACCUCCGGUACACAAUGUAUCACCCUCAUACACGACAGAGACGGCCCCUACCACCGGUACACCAUGUACUACCCUCAUACACGACGGAGACGACUCCUACCACCGGUACACCAUGUAUCAUCCUCACACACGACGGAGACGACCCAUACCCCCGGUACACCAUGUGACACCCUCAAACACGACGGAGACGACCCCUACCACCGGGACACCAUGUAUCACCCUCAUACACAACAGAGGCGACUUCACAAAAACUUAUUUAAACGACGGAGACGACCCCUACCACCGAUACUCCAUGUACCCCCCUCAUACACAACAGAGGCGACUUCACAAAAACUUAUUUAAACGACGGAGACGACCCCUACCACCGGCACACCACGUAUCACCCUCAUACACGACAGAGACGGCCCCUACCACCGGUACACCAUGUAUCACACUCAUUCACGACGGAGACGACCCCUUACACCGGUAUACCAUGUAUCACCCUCAUACACGACGGAGACGCCCCCUACCGCCGGUACACCAUGUAUCACCCUCGCACCCGACAGAGACGACCCAUACCACCGGUACACCAAGUGACACCCUCAAACACGACGGAGACGUCGACGCCCCCUUACACCGGUACACCAUGUACCACCCUCAAACACGACGGAGACGUCGACGCCCCCUUACACCGGUACACCAUGUACCACCCUCAUACACGACAGAGACGGCCCCUACCACCGGUACACCAUGUGACCCCCUCAAACACGACGGAGACGACCCCUACCACCGAUACCCCAUGUAUCACCCUCAUACACGACAGAGACGAUCCCUACCACCGGUACACCAGGUAUCACCCUCACACACGACGGAGACGAGCCCUACCACCGAUACACCAUGUACCACCCGCAUACACAACAGAGGCGACUUCACAAAAACUUAUUUAAACGACGGAGACGACCCCUACCACCGGAACACCAUGUAUCACCCUCAUUCACGACGGAGACGACCCCUUACACCGAUACACCAUGUAUCACCCUCACACACCACGGGAACGACCCCUACGACCGGUACACCAUAG